CACCGCAGUCCGCAAUAAUAUAGUAUAUUAUACCAAUACGGGAAUACCGCAUACGACUGGCCAGCGACCACUAAACCAAUAGUACAAUAUUCACAUUUCACAAUUAUUCACUACUUUUUUUGUUAUAAAGUACCAGACCGUGGGAAUUGCAAAUAAAUAAUAUUGUUUUUUUUGAGAGUCGAUCCGAACUAUAUCGAUCAUCAAUCUUAACAACAUCGACGCGAUUACAUUGUUGUAGGGGAUAACUAACUCACAAAGACAAAUAACGAUUCGUUACCAGUUAGUGGUAGAUACCAGAACGGCAAUCCGUUGACAUAAUACAUUAAAACGAAUUAUAUUAUACAGAAAAUGGCAUCAUUGAGAUCACUGAACCGCACCUUACGAAAUGCCCAGGCUGGAGCCAUAGAUCCGAUGCAAGUUGAUGCUCCUCCUGAAGAAAAUGACAACAACGAAGAAGAUUUGUAUGAAGUGGACAUUGAUUCAUUUGAUCUUGACACAUAUGCCAAUAGUUACAUUGGAUUAGCUCGCAUUUAUAGGCUUAUGUAUAUAGCUGACCAUUGUCCAAGAUUGCGAUCUGAUGCGUUACGUCUGGCCAUUUCACAUGUUAUUACUACAAUGAAUGCUAAUCUGUAUCAAGUGCUACAUCAUAAACUUCAACAAUGCCAUGGAAAUAUACUAGCAGAUGUUACUGGAGCUAAUCCGGUAGAUACAGGACUUCCAGUGUUUAAUGCUAUUUGGGUAGAAACUACAACUAAAAAAUCAGCUAUGAUACUUGAAAAGCUAGACGGAGAUCUUAAGAACUAUAAAAGUAAUUCGAUUAAGGAAAGCAUUCGUCGUGGUCAUAAUGAAAUUGGUGACCAUUAUGUCAACUGUGGAGACCUCAUUAAAGCAACUAAAAGUUAUUCUAAGGCUCGAGAUUAUUGUACUAGUUCCUCUCAUGUCAUAUCAAUGUGUCUUAACAUAAUAAAAGUUGGAAUUUAUCUGCGAAAUUGGUCGCAUGUUACCAAUUACAUAAUUAAAGCUGAAUCUACUCCGAACUAUGUGGAAAAUCCUGAACUCCUGACCACAUACAGUUCUACGCUUAAAUGCAUGACAGGCUUAGCUGAACUUGCUGGUCGUAAAUACAAAUUAGCUGCUCAAAAUUUCUUGAAAGCCAAUUUUGAUAAUUGGGAUUCUUGUGACGUAAUGACACCUAAUGAUAUUGCUAUUUAUGGAGGACUUUGCGCAUUAGCUACUUUUAACCGUUUAGAACUUCAAAAUAACGUAAUUUGCAACAACUCAUUCAAAUUAUUCCUUGAACUGGAACAUGAAGUACGUGAAGCGAUUUUCAAGUUUUGUGAGGCCAAGUAUGAAGUCUGUUUAAAAAUGUUGAACAAAAUAAAACCAAUUUUACUUCUUGAUAUGUACAUUGGAUCUCACAUAAACCAGCUCUACUCUGAUAUAAGAAGCAAAGCAAUGAUUCAAUAUCUCUGUCCAUACGACUCUGCUGACUUAAGAAAAAUGGCGUUAUCUUCAUACUCCUUUGCCUGA